AUGCUCCAUCCCCCCCUAUCCCUUCAUUUCCCCCAAGCCCCCUCCCCAUUCAAGUGGGCCCGCGCUAUUCCACGGGAGUGCCUCUCACCUGGCAGCCACUGCAUCCCCCAGACAGCCAUGGCGGCGUGCGGUACAUGGACGACAGCAAUCCAUCGCGGCGUGCUGUGCAUGGGCGAUGCCAAUGUGCUGGUGGCGCUGCUGUUGGCUCUCUUUGAUGCUCUCUUUGAUGCUCUCUUUGAUGCUCUCUUUGAUGCUCUCUUUGAUGCUCUCUUUGAUGCUCUCUUUGAUGCUCUCUUUGAUGCUCUCUUUGAUGCUCUCUUUGAUGCUCUCUUUGAUGCUCUCUUUGAUGCUCUCUUUGAUGCUCUCUUUGAUGCUCUCUUUGAUGCUCUCUUUGAUGCUCUCUUUGAUGCUCUCUUUGAUGCUCUCUUUGAUGCUCUCUUUGAUGCUCUCUUUGAUGCUCUCUUUGAUGCUCUCUUUGAUGCUCUCUUUGAUGCGCUCUCAUAA